UCGCGCCAAAUGGCGUAAAACGGAAAAAUGCUGGGGUCGCAGCACUAUUAUGGCUGAGUAUGGUUUGUAUGGAGCCAUGGUUAGACAUUCGUUGCCUUUACCUGAAACGAUUUUGAAGUCGGCAAAAGAAAAUGAAUCGGUAGCACCCUGGCUGCUAGGUAUGGAGAAUAAAAGCAUGCAUCGUAAAUCAAUCGAGGCCCAACAUACCCUGAAUAACGAUUCGGGUGUUAGUGAUCAAGAGGAGGCUGAAUUGGAAUCUUCGGGAUCAAAAUCGAAUGAGGAGUUACAGCAACAACGUCAAUUAUCAUCUUCAAAUGAAUCCCUAAAUGUUGUUAGUCCCACUCCAACAAAUCUACAACAUUCUUUAUUAUCCCCCGCCUCAACUCCUACCGCCACCUCAACAUCUUCGGCUUCUCCACAUAUUGAUUUGAGUUCACCCUCUCCUAAUACCCAACAAAUGCAACAAUAUUUCUCCAAUACAUCACCCCAACAAUAUGCAGCUACACAGAGUUUAGCACAUUUGCCACCACCCGCCGCUUUACCAGCUCUUAAUAGUUCAUCAGGUUCUGGAGUUGUUGCUGCCCCACCACCCUCUUACCAUCCCCUUUUGGAUGCUGCCAAUGCUAGUGCAUGUGCUGGUGCGGCCAGUACCAAAGAUUUUCAUAUGAUUAUGAAUACCGCUGUGGCUGCAGCUGCUGCGGUGGCCGCUCACACCAAUGCUGGUGAUUUAUAUGGCACGGGGUUGGUUCAAGAUCCCGAUACAUUUAGAAAUAAUUCGAUUGCCUGCUUACGCGCUAAAGCUCAAGAACAUCAAGCUCGUCUAUUGAACAGUGGCCUAUUUUUACAAGUCCGCUCCUUUGCAGAUCUACAGCAGCGGCAUCAACAACAUUUAAAUAAAACCCACAAUCAUUUACAAAAUAAUAAUAAGAAUAGUGAUGUAAAAGCAUUGAUUAAACAGCAAACGGAUAAAAUUCUAGAAAAAGAAGAAGAGAAGGGAGAGAACAUAAAAAACAAAAAUGAAAUUUAACAGAAGUAAAUUUAUAAAAAAUAAUUUUGGAUUUUUUUGGUUGUUUGCAAAAUAAGGAUCUCUAAUAAGAAAUAUAUAUUGUGAAACCAAGAACACAUAAGAUGUGUAAAGGGAAAUUUUUGAAAAUAAUUAACAAAAGAUUUAUACAUA